AUGGCUGCUGUGGCUGGCGCCAUCAUUGCGCAGGUAGCCAUCACGGGGUUGUCCUUGGAGGCCAGAAGCCAAGCGCACUGGACUGCCUCAGCCUUCCUUACUGCAAGCAUCGCUUUCGGCGUCAUAUCUGUCUACGUCAGUUUCAUAGUCCAGCAGGAGCUCAACGGGCCUCCUGGGACCGACCGGCCGCUUGAGCGAGAGGUCCAACCCGAGAACGGCGCAGCCAGGCCGGGUCUGACCCGGGAGGCCUCAGCACUGGCUGCCAUCUUACUCUCGGCUCCAUCGGGCCUCCUCGUACUAUCCUUGAACGCGUUUGUCAUUGGCUUGGGUAUCUAUCUGGGCUGCACAUAUACCGACAACCUGAUAUCCGACCUUGGAAGAGGCGGUUCGCUGGGAGUACUUGUGUUUUACAUUGUUGCGUCCGCGACGGCCACCUUUCUUUACACGUUUCCUCAGAUUGUAAAGUCGUCCGAAAAGUACGACGAUCAAAUGGUCACAAGCUUGAGGAGGCAGAUUGAGCUUUUGGACAGCAUCUUGAGAGAUCGGCAAUCGAGCGACCAUCAACGUAGGCAGGGCGUUUAG